AUAUAACAUUUAGCCCUAUCAACUUUCCUGAACUUAACCUGGUUAAUGUUCUAAAACUGUGUAAACCCGUCAUGGUCAUAUGAUAGAAGAAGAAAAAGAGAUAAAUAUAAAAUAACAAGAGGUAAAGACUACUUACUAAGAGGAUACAAGAAAGAAAAAUCUUCGGAUGUGAUUAACAAUUGGAAUAAACAUUAAUAUUGAAAAAAUUAAUAUUGAAAUGAAUCAAAGAUCAAGUUCUUAAAAGUAUACUCUAUAAAUAGACUGUUGUGUCUAUGGAAGUGUAUUCUGAUGUAUGUUGCGAUCAUGGAAGUAAAAUUAACAGAUAGGUUAUAUAGGAUUCAAUCUGUAGAUCGUGCUAGAAAGAUACCAAGUUUGAAUUAUUUAUUUGACAAAUCUACGAAAGUUUAUGAUCGUAUGAAGGGAGCAAAUACGUUUGUUAAUUGGGCAUUCGAUAUGGUAGAAAAUGUUGUAAAUAUUGUUAUUGAAAAAUCAACGCCAGUUGCUAGAUUAAUGGAAAAACCUAUUUAUACUUUGGAUAAGACACUGUGCCAGGGUUUCGAUUUUAUGGAAGUGAAACUGCCUAUAAUCAAAGAAGAACCUAAAGAGAUAUUAGAUAGGACAAAAUCAUUUGUUACAAAUCAUCUACGUCCAGCCGUAAAAACUUUUUCUGAUCUUAAACAUGAAACAAAGCAAAAAGUUAGAAUUAUGAUUUUACUUACCUAUUAUAAGGUACAUUACUUACGUUUAUAUAGUUGGCAACAAGCAGACAGAGUCAUGUCCACUCAAACAGGAAUCAGUAUUCUAAAAACUGUGGAUAAUACAACACAUCUCGUAGAAUUAAUAUUAGAUAAGUACUUACCUGCGUCACAUGAAGAAAUAGAAGAGGACACAGAGGAAUUAUGCAGUGAACACGCUAAAUUACAUCAUACAGUAGAAAGACUUACUGAGUUCGGUAGUCGUGCUUCUCGUCGUAUUUAUCUUGCUUUAGUGGAACAUUCGCAACAUAUGUAUAAAAUUGAAAUACUUAUACUAAUAUUGUAUGCUCUUAUUGUAAUUCAAACUAUGAAAGUGUUGGAAAUACUAUUUACUUUCGUAUUCAAAUUGUUUAGUAGUUAUGCAUACUUCUUUUUUUUAGGAAUUUUGCACAUAUUACAAUGGACUUAUUCGUAAUUUCAACAAAAUCACUUAUAAUAUAAAGCUGUGUAUUUUGUAAAGGUAUUUUUUCAUAGCUGAUACAAAUUUAAUUGUGCUGAAAGAGUAAAAUUAAUUAUAAUUACGCGAAUUACUAUUUAUGUAUUUUUUAAAU